ACCGGGAUUAUUACUCCUCCAUGCAAAAAUUUAGGAAAAACUAAUAAUGACAUUGGAUUCGAUAUUUCCAUUUUCCACUGUAAUAAUAAUAAUUUAUAAACUCAGAUCUCUGUUUGUACUUUGUAUCAAGAUUUUGACUUGUGAGUCUCCUAGAUGAAAAAAGCUUAUCUUACACUUACUACUCUUAAGUGUCACUACCUCCAAGAUUCUAAAACCGUAACCCACAAAUCUCACCUUUAAGACACCAUUAAAGCUCAAGAAUCUCUGUGUGAGAAACUUCAAGAUUUCUAGAACUUGGAUCCGAGAAAAAAUGGCGGGAUUCACCAUGAGCUUGAACUUGCUUCUACUAGUAGCAAUGGUAGCUACAAACAUCCUCUCACUCUACCAUCUCUCCUCCACCACAAAUUUCUUCCAAUCCACCGUCAAAUCCACACAAUCCUCUGUUCCCACAGUUCCCGAUCACCUCCUCCGUCAGCUCCACACAAUCCGCGCCGCCAUUAACCACCUCACAACUCACCAACCAGACAAAUCAACUUCAAUCUUAACCUCACGCGCCGCCGUAUCCUCCUCCUCGUCCUCCACCCCACCGAAAGAGCUUCUCAUCUACUCGAAGCUCUCACCUAUAGCUUCAGCUUGUCAUAACUACCCUGACCUUCUUCAUGAGUAUAUGAACUACACUCCUUUCUCUCUUUGUCCUUCCGAUACCGAUCUCGUCGAGAAACUUAUCCUCCGUGGCUGCCACCCACUUCCUCGCCGUCGUUGCUUCUCACGAACGCCGCGAAAUCCUUCAGAUUGGAAACCUGAAUCUAAUGUUAUCUGGUCUUACUACUCUUGCAAAAGCUUUGAUUGUUUGAUUACUAAAUUCCCCGAUCUAGGGUUUGAUCUCUCCUUAGAGAAAUCUAAAUCUCAGUUCUCUGCUUACAAAUCCGAGCUUGAUUUACCGAUCUCGCAGCUUCUCCAGAUCGCUAAAUCAGCUAAUUCUGUUCUCCGUCUUGGGAUCGAUGUCGGUGGCGGAACUGGAUCUUUCGCUGCUGCGAUGAAGGCUCGUAAUAUUACGGUUUUGACCACGACGAUGAAUUUCAAUGCGCCGUAUAGUGAAGCGGUGGCGAUGAGAGGGCUUGUGCCGCUUCAUGUGCCGCUUCAGCAGAGGCUUCCGGUGUUUGAUGGUGUGGUGGAUUUGGUUCGGUGUGGAAGAGCGGUGAAUCGGUGGAUUCCGGUGACAGUUAUGGAGUUUUUCUUCUUUGAUUUGGAUCGGAUUCUUCGUGGCGGUGGUUAUCUUUGGUUGGAUCGGUUCUUUAGUAAAAAAGUUGAUCUUGAAAAUGUUUAUGCGCCGAUGAUCGGGAAAUUGGGUUAUAAGAAGGUGAAAUGGGCGGUGGCUAACAAAGUGGAUUCGAAACAUGGUGAAGUUUUCUUGACUGCUCUGCUUCAAAAACCUGUUGCAAGAUGAUGAAUCUUUUUUGAGGGCUAUUUCCAGGGGUUUGUAGCAAACAGCUUACUGUUGUUGAAGAUUUGGAAGACAAGAUUCUUCGACGAUUUCAGACAUAGCUUUUUCCAGCUGUAAGCACACAAGCAAUGAUGUCAUUUAUGCGAAAGAAGAUUUAGGGGAAUUGUAAGCCAAGAUUUGAUCUAUUGUUGUUAGAGAGAGUCUGAUUAAAAUGGUGGUACACAUAAAUUAUAGACUCUUCGACUUGUUUCUGUCAUAGCUAAUAUGCAUUUAUAUUAUUCAUAAGAUGGUAUUUUUUGUGGAAGGCAGAUUGUAGAAUGGUUAAGAAGUUUCAGAAUUUAAGUUGAAGCUUCUGAAA